ACUAGUACUGCAACCAAAAAACCAUGCCCAAUGACUGAUCCUAAAUGCCGUGAAGUCUUCUUUAACGAUUACUGCAAAAAAGAGUGCUUAAAUAGGAAGGAUAAGGAGUGCUUCGAUAAAUGCAAGGACCGAAUAAAUCAACGAUGGGACGCGUUGACACGAAGAAGACAGACGACAAAGAAGCAAAACAAAAAGCCGAUGACAAAUAAGCAAAACAAAAAACCUAAAAAUUAAACCUGUCAUCGCUUGUAUUAAUCUAUCAGCGAUUGGGGAAUUUUCUAUUCUCUACCUUGAACUUGGGUACUUUCUACGAGCGUAACGCCUAUCACUGACAGUGUUUCAUUUCUUUUCGAGAUUGUUCGUAAUACUUAACUUUUUCUUCUCAAAUAAAGAUACAAAAUAUUUUCACUUUCGAG